CGUGAAAGGUGGUUGUAAUAGUCUGCUGUUAGGUGUUACGUGACAGUUUUCGCUGUGAAAAGAAAGCAACAGGAUGGCUAGUGUUACAUAUCAUUUUAGAGAUUGUUUCAGGGUAAUAAAUAAAGAAGCUCUGCAUUGGUUUCCUGGCCACAUGGGAAGAGGGCUGAAGCAAAUGCAACAGAAGUUGAAAUCAGUAGACUGUGUCAUUGAAGUACAUGAUGCUAGAAUACCAUUAUCAGGACGUAACCCAGAUUUCAAACAUACGGUUUGCGGUCUGAAACCACAUAUAUUGGUGCUGAACAAGAAAGACUUGACAGAUAUGAAUUACAGCUCUAAAGUGUUAGCUCGACUGAAGCAGGAAGGUACACCAGACGUGCUGUUCACAAACUGUAAAGACGCUAAGUGCAGCGGCGUGAAGAAGAUAAUUCCAAGAGCAUGUGAACUCAUUUCGAGCUCAAACAGAUACAAUCGGUCAGAGACUAGUGAAUACAGUAUCAUGAUUGUCGGCGUUCCAAAUGUUGGAAAGUCGUCACUUAUAAACACGUUACGUAACAGAUUUCUUGGUAAGUCUAGUGCAGCUGCAGUAGGUGCAAAGGCGGGAAUCACGAAGAGUGUUCAGAACAUCAUUAAAGUCAGCGAAGAACCAAAAGUGUAUCUUAUUGACACGCCUGGCAUACUUACCCCAUCUAUUAGGGAUGUGGAAGCAGGCCUUCGCCUUUCACUGUGUGCAAGCCUGCAGGAUCACCUAGUGGGGGAAGAAAUUAUCGCGGACUAUCUUCUCUUCUGGUUGAACAAACACCGACGCUUUAAUUAUGUAGAGCUCAUGGGUCUCCAAGAACCCUCAGACAACAUUGGCACUGUGUUGACACAGUGCGCCCUGAAGUUGGGUAAAACUUUAAAGGUAAGGAAUUAUGAUGGGCAGUACGUAUACAAGCCAGAUAUGACAUCUGCCGCAGCAUUUUUUUUAAAGGCAUUUAGGAAGGGUGAUCUGGGAACAAUAAUGUUGGACGAAGAUCUUGUGCUGGGCACUGUAUCGUGAUAAAUGUCUUCCUGCGUAUACCUAGUAAAUUUAAAAGUUAGAUGAGUAAUCUGAUUGCCCAGUUACAAUUGAUCCACAUCCAUACUCUGCAAACCACUGUGAAGUGCAUGGCACAUUUCUUUCGAAACACGUGACUCUCUCGAACUAUAGAAAUGGCUAAUCUCAAAAGGCCUAUGAUACGAUGCACAUCAGUCAAACAGGCCAUUUAAAUUUAAGUGUUUACAAAAGACAGUUGUUUUUUCUUUACUCAUUCUCACUCAGCAAUUUAUAUGUACAGAAGACUGAAGCAUGCAUACAGUAUGAAAACACUUUUGGUCAUGCCAAAUGUGUAACUUUAAGACUGAACACUAAAAUUAAGAUUUUAGAUUUUUCUGCCCUCUGUUGCUCCAUAGCCAAGGGGCUCAAACUUACCUUUUUUCUGUGUUUUUGCCACAUCAACAGACAGUUAUUAACUUAAUUUUUCUGUAUGGAU